GGAGCAGUUGCUGACGGAGCUGGAAGAUUUCCUCAAGAUUCUCGACCAGGAGAACCUGAGCAGCACAGCUGUGGUGAGGAAGAGUGGCCUGGCCGAGCUCCUCCGGCUUUACACCAAAAGCAGCAGUUCUGAUGAAGAGUACAUUUAUAUGAACAAAGUGACAGUCAACAAGCAACAGGAUGCUGAAUCCCAAGACAAAGCGCCUGAGGAGCAGAGCCCACUGACCAACGGGGAGCCCAGCCAGCACUCCUCGGCCCCUCAGAAGAGCCUUCCGGACCUCCCACCCCCCAAGAUCAUUCCAGAACGGGAGCAGCUCUCCAUCCCAAAGAUCGAGUCUCCGGAGGGCUACUAUGAAGAGGCUGAGCCGUAUGACAUGUCCCUCAAUGGUCAUUCUGGCAGAUUUCCUCCCACUGGAGUCCCCAGAUGGGUGCGGGUGCCCGAAGGAGUCGUUUAUGCCACGAUCACCUUGGAGGAUGGAGAGGCAGUGAGCAGCUCCUAUGAGUCCUACGAUGAGGAGGAAGGCAGCAGAGGCAAGUCGGCCCCCUACCAGUGGCCCUCCCCUGAGGCCAGCAUCGAGCUGAUGCGUGACACCCGCAUCUGCGCCUUCCUGUGGCGCAAGAAGUGGCUGGGGCAGUGGGCCAAGCAGCUCUGCGUCAUCAAGGACACCAGACUCCUGUGCUACAAAUCCUCCAAGGACCACAGCCCUCAGCUGGACGUGAACUUGCUGGGCAGCAGCGUUGUGCACAAGGAGAAGCAAGUGCGGAAGAAGGAACACAAGCUGAAGAUCACGCCGAUGAACGCCGACGUGAUCGUGCUGGGCCUGCAGAGCAAGGACCAGGCCGAGCAGUGGCUCAGGGUCAUCCAGGAGGUGAGCGGCCUGCCCUCAGAAGGAGCAUCCGAGGGAAACCAGUCCACCCCAGAAGCCCAGCGCCUGAACUGUCAGAAGCCAGAUUUAACUGAGAAGUACCUGUUCGCCUCAGAGUAUGGCAGCUCUGUCGAUGGCCAUCCUGAGGUCCCAGAGACGAAAGAUGUCAAGAAGAAGUGUUCUGCCGGCCUCAAGCUGAGCAACCUGAUGAACCUGGGCAGGAAGAAAUCGACCUCGCUGGAGCCUCCAGAGAGGUCCCUCGAGACAUCCAGUUACCUGAACGUGCUGGUGAACAGCCAGUGGAAGUCACGCUGGUGCUCCGUCAGGGACAGUCACCUGCACUUUUACCAGGACCGGAACCGCAGCAAGGUGGCCCAGCAGCCCCUCAGCCUGGUGGGCUGUGAGGUGGUCCCAGACCCAAGCCCGGACCACCUCUACAGCUUCCGUAUCCUCCACAAUGGCGAGGAGCUGGCCAAGCUUGAGGCCAAGUCUUCCGAGGAAAUGGGCCACUGGCUAGGCCUCCUGCUCUCCGAGUCGGGCUCCAAGACAGACCCAGAAGAAUUCACCUAUGACUAUGUGGAUGCAGAUCGGGUUUCCUGUAUCGUGAGUGCAGCCAAAACCUCUCUGCUACUGAUGCAGAGAAAGUUCUCAGAGCCGAACACUUACAUUGACGGCCUGCCCAGCCAGGGGUGCCAGGAGCUGCUGUAUGACGACGUGGAGAUGUCAGAGCUGACGGCCACAGUGGACCCCGAGGAAGCCACGCCUCCCACAGAUGCUCUAGCUGAGUCCGACCCUGACCGUGUGUAUCUGGACCUCACACCCGUCAAGUCUUUCCUGCACAGCCCAGGCAGCACCCAGGUCCAGGCGCGCUCCCCCACACCACCCCACCUGGACCCUCCAGCCGAGGCCCUCCCUGCAGACGUGGGCCUGGCCCCAGACGAGCCCCUCAUCAAGUCUGCAGAGACCCCGGAGUUUCAGCCAGUGCAGCAGGAGAGUCUGGAGCCUUCCCCGAGAAUUGCAACAGUCAAAAUCCAGACUGAACAACAGAAAAUCUCCUUCCCACCAAGCUGUCCUGACGUCGUGGCUGUAACCCCAGCGGGGGCCAGCACACCUGUGAAGGACAGGUUGCGGGUGACCUCUGCAGAGAUCAAACUUGGCAAGAAUAGGACGGAAGCCGAGGUGAAGCGGUACACAGAGGAGAAGGAGAGGCUGGAGAAGCAGAAGGAGGAGAUCCGGGCUCACCUGGCUCAGCUUCGGAAGGAGAAGCGGGAGCUGAAAGAGACCCUGUUAAAAUGCACGGACAAGGGCGUCCUGGCCAGCAUGGAGCAGAAGCUGAAGGAAAUUGACGAGGAGUGUAAGAUCGAGGAGGGCAGACGGGUGGACCUCGAGCUCAACAUCAUGGAGGUGAAGGGCAACCUGAAGAAGGCCGAGGCUGGGCCCGUGACGCUGGGCACCGCCGUGGACACCACCCACCUGGAGAACGUGAGCCCCCGACCCAAAGCUGCUGCCCCCACCCCAGACUGUACCCCGGUCAACUCUGCUACAGCACUCAAGAACAGGCCUCUCUCCGUCAUGGUCACAGGCAAAGGCACCGUCCUCCAGAAAGCCAAGGAAUGGGAGAAGAAAGGAACAAGUUAGGAAACAGGCUUCACCUGAAGACUCUCCUGUCAACAUGGACCUUGGUGACCGUCCUGCUUCAUUCGUCAGCAACUCUGGGAAAGGGUGAGUCAGUCUGGAAGAAAGAGCGAGGACUGGGGUACUCAGAAAGCAGAGCUUCGGCUCAGUGGAGGCUCUGUCCCUUUCAGAGCCAAAGAAAGUACAACAAAGUAGUGAUUUUAAAUAGCACUGAUACCACCUGUGCAAAACUAUCCACGGCGUGUGCUUUUUGAGAAAUGGUAACAGGAGAAAAUAUUUGGGACCAAGCUGAGGCACUGUCCCCAAGAAAUUAAGGACUUUUUAAAGGGACGCUGUAUUAUAUAUUUUUUAAAUGUUUAAAAUCCUGUAAUUUAGACCAGCAAAAGUGUCUUUUGAGAUUUAACUGACUUUACAUUACUGUAGGAAAAAAAAAAAAAAAAAGAUUACCUUGUGUUUACAGAUUCAGUCCUGUGGCCACACCAUUUUUAAGGGAAGAGUUAUUUAAUGCUCUCUUUGUCUGUUUGUGAAGUCGUGUUUAAUGUUCAGGCCCCUUCCAACAAAAAAAGUAGCGAACUUUGUUUUGCGCGGGCUCCGUCUCAAAAUUGGCAGUACUGUCCUUCUAAGGGCAUUGUGCUCUAACACAGGUUUUAACAUUUUAUCUAUCAUCUCUGCCUCGUUUCUGGGGUUUCUGAAUCGGUUCCCUAACACUGCUUCCUGAGAACUAAAGGUCUUUUGAUUUCUUAUUGUCUUUCUAAUCCCAGGGCAUUUAUUUCCUUUGUCAUAAACACUUGGUAAAAAGGGACACCAAGUGGUGUUAGAUUUUUUAAAAAAUAAAAUGUUAAUUGUC